CUAACUGAGGUUGCACCAUUCAGCAUUUCUUAGGUUGAUAAUUAGCAAUAAUAAAACUGUAAUGACUUGGGUUUAUGUGGGAGAGAGGUGAAGCUAGGAUGAAAGCAAGAGAUAUCGCCUACAAGGAGAGCUAGCUCUCCCAACAUGGAACAUUUGUCAAGGCAGGAAUUAGAGGUUAUCCAUGAAAUUCCCCUCUACCGGGCUUUUGUGGAGAAGUGGGCCCAGGUGGAAUCAUUCCAGGCCAGGCCAGACGACCUUCUCAUUUCCACCUACCCGAAAUCAGGCACCACCUGGAUUAGUGAAAUCGUGGACAUGAUUUACAACGACGGGGACGAGGGGAAAUGUAAACGGGAUGCAAUUUUCAAUCGAGUCCCUUUCAUGGAAAUGAGCUGCCCUGAACUCCUAAGUGGCACAGAGCAGCUGGCUAUGAUGCCAUCGCCUCGGCUAGUGAAGACCCACCUCCCAGUUCAGCUCCUCCCCGUCUCCUUCUGGGAGCAGGACUGCAAGAUGAUCUACCUUGCCCGAAAUGCCAAGGACGUGGCUGUCUCUUAUUACCAUUUCUACCUGAUGGCAAAGAUGCAUCCAGACCCCGGCACCUGGGAUGAGUUCCUGGGGAAGUUUAUGGCUGGGAAAGUGGCUUAUGGAUCCUGGUACGAUCAUGUCAAAGGCUGGUGGGAGAAGAAAAAGGCCUAUCGAAUUCUGUACAUGUUCUACGAGGACAUGAAAAAGGACCCAAAGCGCGAAAUAGAGAAGGUGCUCCAGUUUCUGGGAAAGGACCUGAAGGAGGAAGUGGUGAAUAAAAUCCUCCACCAUACCUCCUUCCAGGAGAUGAAGAAGAAUCCUACUGCUAACUAUGAAAUGAUGCCAGUCUGGGCUAUGGACCACACUGUGUCUCCAUUCAUGAGGAAAGGGAUGGCAGGAGACUGGAAGAAUUACUUCACCGUGGCUCAGAAUGAGAUAUUUGACGCACAUUAUAAAGAGCAGAUGACAGGCUCGACAUUCAGAUGCCAAAUGGAGAUAUGAAGAAAAGGCUUCCCUAUGUUUCAUCAGACAAAUGCAAGCUGUCUAAAUACUAAGAUGGGUGAACUAGAGUGCCUGGCCUUAAAUGAGGAUAUUGAUAUAAUAGGCAUAAUGGAAACUUGGUGUAAUGAGGAUAAUCAAUGGAUUUGCGAUAAUAUGAGGGUACAAAAUAUAUAUGAAUGACAGAGCUGGUGGGGGAGUGGCACUAUAUGUGAAAGACAGCAUAGUCAAGUAAAGUAAAAAUCUAAAAUGAAUUAAACUGAACCAUAGAAUCUCUAUGGAUAGAAAUUUCAUGUUUGAAUAAUCCGAGUAUAGCAGUAGGAAUAUGCUACUGACCACCUGAAGGCGAUGGUGACUUUGACAGAGUUUAGAGAGGCUAUGAAGACAGAAAACCCAAUAAUAAUUUCAACUGUCCUCUUAUUGACUGGGUACAUGGCAACUCAAAAAGGGAUGCAGAGGUAAAAUUUCUAGACACAUUAAAUGACUGCGUCUUGGUUCAGCUUGUCCUGGAACCCUCAAGGGGAGAGGCAAUUCUUGAUUUUAAUCCUAAGUGGAGCACAGAAUAUGGCCAAGAGAGGUAAAUAUAGCUGAACGUCUCAGUAAUAGCGACAAUGAUGUAAUUAAAUUUAACAUUCUUGGAGGGGGAGAAAUGCCAAAGAAACCCACCACAAUAGCAUUUAACUUCAAAACAGGUAACUACACAAAAAUGAGGAAGCUAGUUAGAUGGCAAUUAAAAGGAACAGUUACAAGUGGGAAAUGCCUGCAGACUGCAUGGAGACUAUUUAAAAGCACCAUAACUGAGGCAGUAAAAGGACCAAAAAAAUUCCACCAUGCUUAAGCAGCUGAAUAAAAGAGAUGAUUAGAGGCUAAAAUGUAUCCUUUAAAAAUUGGAAAUUUAAGUCCUAGUGAGGAAAAUAGAAAGAAGCAUAAACUCAGGCAAGUCAAGUGUAAAUGUAUAAUAUAACAGACCAAGAAAGAACUUGAAGAGCAACUAGCUAAGUACACAAAAACUAACAGCAAAAAAGUACAUCAGAAGCAGAAAUCCCGCCAAACAGUCAGUGGAUCCACUGGAUGAUUGUGUUGCUAAAGGAGCACUCAGAGAUGACAAGGCUCUGACAGAGAAGCUAAAUUAAUGUUUGAAUUGGUUUUCACUGAAGAGGAUGAGGGGGAGAUCUCCACAUCUGAGCCGUUCUUUUUAGGUGACAAAUCCGAGGAACUGUUGAUUGAGGUGUCCGUAGAAGAGGUUUCAGGACAAAUUGAUAAAUUAAACAGUAAUAAAUCACCAGGACCAGACGGCAUUCACCCAAGAGUUCUGAAGGAACUCAAAUAAAUUGCAGAACUACUAGCUGUGGUUUACUUAAAUCAGCCUAUGUACCAGAUGAUUGCAGGAUAGCAAACGUGAUGCUGAUUUUUAAAAAAGGCUCCGCACAAUGUAAUAAAAUGGUUAAUAACUAGAAGAGCAUAUGUGGCAGCAGUGAGAUUCAGUGGCUAGAGCUCUGGACUGGGAGUAAAGUGACCUGUACUCUGACAAUGACCUGCUGUGUAACCUUAGCCAAGUCUGAUAACUGUUCUGUUGAUGAGAUUUUUGUGCUGCUGCCAUAAAUUAGAGCUACUCUGACUUACGCCAGGGGCUACUCUGGCUCCUGAAACAAUGUGAAGCUACCUUGGCACCUCCCCAUCCCAGCUGCAAAAUCCCACCUUGUGUCUCAGUUUUUCCCUUCUGUACCAUGGGGAUGGUGAUGCUUAAUGCACUACUGCAAGGUGCUCAGAUACCUAUAAAAACCUAUAUAAGAAUAGAAUAGAGUGCUGGAGCUUAUUAUUAAAAGCACUGAAGUGACUUAGGAGCACAUGUCCCGCUGAACGUCAAUAUGACGUGUACUUCUGAGUCACUGAGGCACUUUUGAAAAUCCCACCCACUCACCCUCUUUUGUAAGGCACUUUGAGACCCAUGGAUGUGCUCAGUAAAAGCUAAAUAUUAUUAAUCUAAUUCCUCAUUGCCCUUUCAAUGCAAGCAAUAACAAAGUACAAUAACUCCACUUUAAAAACAGAUAUUCAUCAUGUCUCUUGGUUAUACGAACUUAUAAAAUUGCCAAGUGCCUUUGGAAACCAUUGUUGUAUGCAGUGCUGUGGUAGCCAUGUUGGUCCCGGGGUAUUAGAGAUGCAAGAUAGGUGAUGUAACAUCUUUUACUGGACCAACUUCUAUUGGUGAGAGAGACAGAGAUGAGACCUGAAGAAGAGCUCUAUCUAAUCUCGAAAGCUUGUCUCUCUCACCAGCAGAAGAAGUUGGUCCAAUAAAAGAUAUUACCUCCCUCACCUUGUCUCUCUUUUUGAACUAUUGUCCAUUUCGAUCCUAUUUGUGAGACUUUCCUUCUUAGUCUAUGGU